UUGUGUCGAAAUAUUUAAAUAUUUUAACUUUUCCAAUAUGGCGGGUAAUGAGGCUGGACAUGGUGCUAUUGUCAGAAAUAGAGAUUUGAUUGAUGUGUGGAUAGAAGCACCGAGAGGAAAUAGAAAACAGGUGGUUUACGAAAAGAUAUUAUCUCUUAUUGAUAUAACAGAUGAACCUUCCAAACAUCUUGAAAGUAAUAUUAUGAAAUGCAGCCAGUUGUUUGGGUUGAAAAUGGCAAACAAAUGGCAGAAAGCAGGACAAUCUCGGAAUCGACUUGUACAAAAUCAGGUAUAUUGGUUAGACAAGAUUAUAUAG